CAUCAGAGCGAUGAAUCGUUCUUCAAAGCGAUCUUCGUCGAGAAGUCGAAAGGGCGGAGGCGCAGGCGGAGACAAGAGAUUCGACGUUUUCGAUUUCAGCCAAGAUGAUCAUCGCGUCGAGGAAGUCUCUCAAAGCUUGCUCGGCAAGUUUUCUACCGGCAGUUCCUCUGCUGUUACCAAGUAUCAGUUCCUCCAAUGCUUUGCAAAAGGUGCCGCAAGUUUAAGGGAAAAUGUUAGCGUUGAAUUCAUUGAUAUUGAUGCUGAAGUUGAAAAAGGUGCCGACACUGAUAGCUUAUGUGAAGAUGUUAGCUACGAAAUUACUCAUAUCAAUUCUAAAGUUGCAAAAGGUGCUGAAAGUUUGGGAAAUGUUAGCAUUGAACUCAUUGAUAUUGAUGCCGAAGGUGCCGACACUGAUAGUUCCUGUGAAAGUGCUAGCUACGAGAUCACUCGCAUCAAUUCUAAAGUUGCUAACUCUGCAAGUCAUCAAAUUAGCACUGGACCAUCGGAUCUUGCUUCUGAAGAUACAUGUGUAGAUCGGUCACCUGAAGAUGGUCUUAAAGAGCGGGAGAUUUUUGAGACUAGUGUGGUUUUGCUUUCUCGUGCUGCAAAUAAUGAGGAUGAUGUGAUAGUUAUUUUCCCAGAUUUUGUCAUCUAUGAAGGUCAAUGCUGUACAACAGCAAAGUUAAUAUUUUCUCGUAGCUGCAUUAAACUUCAAGGUUCAGUUGUGAAUGGUGGAUGGCAAAGAACAUUUGACUGUCAAUGGGCUAUCUCUGACAUUGUUGGCAUUGAAUCAGAGUGGUGUAGAAGGGUUGAAACUGCAAUUGUGAAUCUUCUUCUUAAAGGAAAGAAUGCCACAAGGGCUGGAAAUGCAAAUGAAAUUUCAGGCAUAGAGCCAGUGAAGUUUUCUAUUUGCGACCCUCUUUGGUCUGAAAGGGAAAAAGCAAUCAGAUCAUUGAAUCUCAAAUACAAUGACUUGUGGAAUGCAAACUAUGAUGACAAGAUCGACUGGGAAGAAAUUGUUUCUCGGAGACAGAGUGACGUAUUUUCCCCAAAGCAUUGUUUUUUUGAAUUUAUUGAGCCUUUUGAAGAGGUCAUCUAUCCAAAGGGAGAUGCUGAUGCUGUCACCAUUAAUAAGAGAGACCUUGAGCUUCUUAAGCCAGGGGCAUUUAUUAAUGAUACUAUCAUUGACUUUUAUAUUAAAUAUUUGAAGAAUAAAUUUCAACUCGAGAAAAACAAUCGGUUCUACUUCUUCAACAGUUUUUUCUUUCGAAAGCUUGUGGAUCUAGACAAGGAUUUAUCAAGUGCUUGUGGAGGAAGGGCUGCAUUUCAGCGUGUUCACAAAUGGACGAAGAAAGUAAACCUUUUUGAAAAGGAUUAUAUCUUCAUUCCUAUUAAUUACAGUCUUGAUGACAGUCUCCACUGGAGUUUGGUUGUCAUCUGCCAUCCUGGUGAAGUGGGAAAUUUGAAAGAUAAAAAAUGUGAUAACUUAUCCAAGGUACCGUGCAUCUUGCAUUUGGAUUCUAUCAAAGGGAGCCAUAGAGGCCUAAUGAAUCUCUUCCAAAAUUAUUUAUGUGAGGAGUGGAAAGAGAGGCAUGGUGAUGGAGAUGUCGGGAUUUCUGCAAAGUUCUUAGCCUUGCAAUUUGUCCCCCUUGAGUUACCACAGCAGGAAAAUUCAUUCGACUGUGGUCUCUUCUUACUUCAUUAUGUGGAGCGUUUUUUGGAGGGUGCACCAGUUAACUUCAGCCCAUUCAAAAUCUCGAGGUUCUCAAACUUUCUAAACCAGGAUUGGUUCCCUCCUAUUGAGGCUUCUCUAAAACGUGCACAUAUCCUACAGUUAAUUUAUGAUAUCAUGGUCAAUGAUCAUGGAAAAGAAUUUUCUGGUAGUAUUGGUAAAUAUCCUUCUUCCAUUGUCGGUCACUCAGACAGUGAUUUAUCUCGACAUGUGUAUCUUGAAGAGGUGCAUACUUCCACAACAACCUGUUCUGACAAGUUCACAAGUGGUGAAAAGGAGAAGGAAAAUGAAAUGUCCACACUAUUGGCUUGUCCUCCGAAAAGAUUCAGAGAACUUGGAUUGGUGUCUAAAGUAUCAUCUGAUACAAAUUAUCAACAGAUAGGAGGACAAUCAAGGAGUGUUAUGUCACCCAUUGAGGAAGAUGAAAAUGGUGAAAUUUCUGAUUCACCUCAGUGUUUGGAAGAUCGUAACCAUGCUUCUGCUAUUGUUUCUGAAUGUUCAUCAGCAUCCAGUUUUGGCCAACAAUUUAGAGAAUUAGAAAUAUCUACUGAGGGGAGAUUUUCUAGAAAUGCCAAAGAUAAAGAUAGAAGACCGUCAUCUCAGCCAUCUCUUGGUGAGUCUCAUACCAUAUCGGUAUCGGGAAGGGAUUACUCACCUCAAGCAAACAAGAGACUGGACCAUCCAACUGAAGCAGAUGAACCAGAGACCUUAACCACCUCAAGUGAAGAACUUGCCACUUGUGUAGUAGAGGAUUCAGAGGAGGAGUAUAUAGUUGAAGAUUCAGAGGAGGCUGAUGAAAUGUACAAUGGAAUCGAAGUGGUACAAUCGGGAAAUUCUAUGCAUGAUAGUAAGGAAAUCGAGAUUUCCUCUUCCUUAAAAAACGACUCUUUCCUAUCAAGGGAAGCGGGUGAAUCUAGUGCAGACUUCAACGAUAAUAGACAACAUGAUCUGAUAGUGAGCAAUGUACAUACAGCAUAUGGUUCUAGCAAACAACAUUCUGCUAAAAGGCCUAGAGUUGACGGUUCGGGGGAGAUAAAUUUGACUCCAUAAGAAGCCGUACUGAAACAACUGAAAUUGACAUUGCCUGAUUUUGAAUGAGUUUAAAUAGGUUGUAUAUUUAUGUAGGUAAAUGAACCUCAUUACCUGCCUCUGUAAAGCUCUGCUUUUGUCUGUGAAUAUAGGAACUUACUGGCUCGUACUAUUCUCCAGAAUGGACUCAUACUAUUCUACAGCCUAUCUUUCAUUACUUGGCUAAAUGAUUUUGAUAAUAUGUGAAUAGCUUGCUUUGGAGAUUA